AGUAACCCGAAACUCGAACGCCUAAACAUCGUGUGUGAUGCAACACUAGUAGUUGUACUAAGUGACAAUGUAUUGGACCUACAGUGUGCUUGUUGUGUGUUUGUGUGGCGUGGUAAGGACACAAGUCAUCCCCGGGAAGGCCCGGACAAGUGAUGGAGACUACAACACUGUGAAUACAGAUGGAUCUUUCGAUUUUGGGUACGCGAACAAGGACCGGGGUGCGAGCUACCACCUCGCUCAUGGCAACACCAACGGCGUGGUCGGCGGGAGGUUCGGAUCGAAGGACCCCGCCUCGGAUACCGUGAAGGAGACUGUUUAUACUGCUGGUCCUAGGGGCUUUCGCGCGAAAGGUCCUAACGUUCAUAGAAAUAUGGACUUGGACCAAAGACCCCGUGGGAACAUAGGCAACAAAGACGACCCCUACUUUGACCCCAGCGAAGACCCCAGCUACUCGUACAAGAUCGAUACCAGGACAUACACCAAGAAUGAGAACGCUGAUAGCCGAGGCGAUGUUACAGGUCAUUAUUCCUUCGUGGACGAUGUGGGAGAACGUCACGAGGUGUCUUACAUAGCUGGUCGGGACACCGGAUUCCACGUAUCCUCAGCUUAUCCUGACAAUCCCAGUGUAAUUGGAUCUCCUUUCCACCGAGUGCCUUUGGCUAGGGGAGAGACGAAGCCAAGAGGAAGGACUGCUGUGCAAAGAGGGAGGGAUGGAUCGUACAGGUUCAUAUCGGCGGGUCCUGACCAGAGGAGGACGGAGAGCAGUGACUCGCAGGGCAACGUCAGGGGCUCCUACACGUUCUUAGAUGAUAAGGGUGUUCAGAGGACCGUCAACUACAUAGCGGGUCCCGGCAUCGGCUACCGGAUCGUGAAGAAUAGCAACGACCCCUACAUCCCACCGUACUUCCCCACCAUCCCCAGUCCUUAUGACCCUGAGUUCAUCAACGCCGGCUCCAAGUAUGGCGCAGGAAACCCUCCGCCGCAGUCCGAUGAUGUUUUUAAAGGACCAGACGGCACUGCAGCGUCCGGCCAUGUGAAACCUCCUCCGUUCCCCGUCAGUGAGCCAGAAAGAGACAGACCGAGCAACCCCGCUCCGCCCUCUGGACCUGCUCCCGACUCUAACAACCCUGACGAUUCAAGCGAGCCCUCGUAUAACCCUCCCCCGCCUCCAAGCUUUGGACAAACCGCUAGCGAGGUCGACUCGGGCAUCGUAGACGAAGACUCAUCACCCCCAGGACCAUUCGGACCCUCUCAGCCGACGAAAGGACCAGGUGAUGAAUAGCACCGGCAAUGAUUGAUGUUAGUGAUCUUGUAUAUAAUUGUAGAUAUAUUAAACGCUCCAAUUUACUGUCAUCACAAACGGCGCGGAACGAAGGACCAGAAAAGAGAUUUUGUUUCUUCGAAACUUUGCUGUUUGGGAUGCAGAUAAUUCGAGUGCAUUAAUCGACUUUUUUGGUCAGUCUUACACGUAAUUUUAGUCAGUGUUCUUUAACUUAGAACAAAGUUAAAAUAAAUCAAUAAGUUCUACAUAAAAUAGUCAUUAAAAAGUUAUGUUAGUCUUUUAAAUAAUACAGAAUCAAAAAGGUCGAUGUUAUCAUGUGACACAAGAUCACAAGUUUCAAUCCGCUUGCGAAGGCUGAAGAUGCACUCGAAUAUUAUUUAUUAUAUUUGCUUGAACGCAAUAAAUAUUAUUCACAACCAA